AAGAACGAAACCGAGACCAAGCCAACCAACGAUCGCCUGCUAAUCUUUUGAGUAUUUCUACCACGCUGGAUUGUGGUGGCAGUUGUCAGUGGAUCAGCCGUUGCUAUUUUGGAGGUUAGAUUAUACGUGUAUUUGAAACCGUCUGGUACGGAAUUACAGCAUUCUCUUCUCCUCUCGUCAUAAAUCCGGCCCCAUUUCACCACCGGCCCUCGAUCUUUCGUUGUUCGCCUGCGGCUGAUCUACUCUGAACUUGGAUAUAUAAACUUCACUCAUCACCUUCGUCAACUUCUCUCUACAUUCAAAAUGGCUCCUACAAGGCCACAUCUCCCGCCAUUGAGCACUCCCAAAAACAUGACUUUCCCAUCCGAGCUGCGCGAGCGCACCUACACAUGCCUCGACUCUGCCAAACCCCUCGAGGGAGGCAAGAAAACCGAGGACGGGGACAUCGUCAUCACACCUCCUCCCGCCUACACAGAGUUCCUCAACACCUUCAGCCCGAUAUUCGCGAGCCCAAAGAGCUCACGAGCCAACUUCUCCAAGUACAUGCUCGACAAGCCUCGUGCUUCGCCAACAUCUGCUUCUCCACGCGCUACUACAUUCCCCCCUGCUCGUGGAUACCCGUCCCGACACUCUGCCACACUCGCUCCCCCUAAUUCUGCUUCCUAUCAUUCUUCUUAUUCUUACUCUACUUCCCACACGCGGUGUAUCAAGAGCCCAAAGAGCCCGGAGCAUAUCCGUCGCUUGCGGCUCCCGCCUCCAACCCACCUCUAUACACCGGUGACGGCGUCGCCGCGGAGUGCUUACCCACACCAAUACCACUCUCCGCGGUACUCUCCAUCGGAAUGGAGGUUCCAGCAACUAGAGUCCCCAGGAAGCGAGAGCGGCUCGUUCAAUGUUCGACAAGUGGUGACAACCACAGUUACAUUCCGAAGAACGCCCCAACUGGCUGCUCCUCCAGCCGGAAAACGCAAGAAAGGCUCUUCUCGUCCGAAUACAUGAUCUCGUAAUCUCUUAUUACAGGAGAUGACGGAAAUUGCAAACGAUGGCCUCCAGCCUGUCAGUCCUGUCCUGUCCUGUCUUGGUUUAUCCUACUGCAGAGAGAUACAAUAUCUACCGCCUCAUGAUACGAACUUUUGUCCUGUGUUUCUUGUCCUGUGCUCAUUUGUUGGUGUCUGCUUGCUUGUGAUUCUGUUGUAUUUGACGGAGAUUUGGACAUGCAUUUCUAGCGCCUGGCCCAGUCUUGUAUUGGAGUAUGGAUGGAGUUGGCUUUUACAGCGGGGUUUCCUUAUUCAUAUCUCAUGUUAUGUCAUGUCAUGUCAUGCCAUCUUAAACCUACUACUUAGGAUUAUGAAGACGUGCAUAGGUAUACUUAGUUAUUAGUACCAAUGUGAUCAACCUCUAUAUUACGCAG